AUGGCGGCCGAUAAUUUUAAAGUUAUCAUAGUCGGUGGCGGCCCAGUAGGAUUGAUAGCCGCCCAUGCUCUGCACAAGGCAGGGAUUGAUUUUGUCGUUCUCGAGCGCGGCAAAGAAAUUGCCCCGGAUGGUGGCGCUAGUCUGGUUCUGGGGGCGCAGAGUUUGCGAGUCCUUCAUCAGCUUGGCUUGUUGGAUCGACUGCAAGAUAUGGGUGGAGAGGUGGUUUUCAAAAGGUUCUUCACCAUAGAUGGCCACAACUUUAAGAGUGGCACCAGCUUAUUUGAUGGCGCAAGGAAGAAACCCAAUAUUUUGAUGGGCAAAAAAGUCACGGAUAUACAGUCCACUGAAUAUGAAGUCAAAGUCUUCUGUGACGACGGAAGCAUAUAUGAGGGAAACCUAGUUCUUGGCGCCGACGGCGUGCAUAGCAAAACUCGACAGAUCAUGAGAAAGCUUGCUUUGGAAGCAGAUCCAAAUGCUACUUGGGAUUCUGAAGUGCCUUACACGUCAUAUUAUAGAUGCUUGUGGGCGAGUUUCAAGAGACCCUCAGCUAUUGGAGAUGCAUUCGAAACCCAGCACAAGGAUACGUCAAUCAUGUACAUUACCGGCAAGGACCGUGGUUGGAUAUUCCUUUACGAAAAGCUUCCAGAGCCCACUAAAAAACGCACAUCCUAUACCGCCGAAGAUGUUGAAGCAAUGGCCAACCGAUUUGCCGAGUAUCCCAUCACCGAAAAGCUCAAGGUGAAGGAUGUGUUCCCAAACAGAAUGACGGGCGGCAUGUCGGAUCUGCAAGAAGGCAUCUGCAACAACUGGGGUUGGGGUCGCAUCGCGCUUGUGGGAGACUCCAUUCACAAAGAGUGCCCUAACGCCGGCCUAGGCUACCAAAACGGAAUUCAAGAUGUUGUAUCGCUGGUCAACCAUUUGAGACAAAUGGUCGUCUCUUCGGAGCCGUCGACGGGGCCUAGUGUCUCUGCCUUGGAGGCCAUGUACAAGAGCUAUCAAAGCCAACGAUGGGAUGCUCUGUCCUUGGAUGCCUCUCUUUCAGCGCACACUGCCCGUAUCCAUGCCUGGGCUAAUACGUGGUAUUACUUGAUUGCCCGUAUCGUGCUGGUGCCGCGCUUUAUGGACUAUAUCAUAAAUGAGUGGGUAGAAGCGCCAGCCAGAAGCAAAGCUUUAGCGUUUAACUUUCUAGAUGCUGAAGAACCAUUUGAAACAAAGAUUGCUUGGGCGCAUCCACUGAAGAACGUUUAUUAG